AUGGCUAAGAAUCUGAUUCCCUCACUUCGCACUGCUUCACGUCUCGCCUCUUUUUCACGCUCAAAGGUCCCUCACAUCUCACCAAUAUGCAGCACCAGAGCAUUCUCAGUGACGCCUCGAAGAAAGCUGAUGGAAACGUCAGGAUUCAGCGAAGAGCAAUUGACCGUCCGUGACGCCAUUGCCAAAAUCUGCUCCAACUUCCCAGACGACUACUGGAUGGAGAAAGAUUACUCAGGCGAAUAUCCGUACGAACUACAUUCAGCGUUAUCGAAGGAUGGCUGGAUUGGCAUUGCUUUGCCUGAAGAACUGGGCGGUGGAGGACUAGGUAUCUCAGAGGCGACGAUGAUGCUGCAUACCAUUGCAGAAAGCGGGGCCGGAAUGGCUGGAGCCCAGUCGAUACACGCCAAUGUCUACGCAACUCAACCUCUCGCCAAAUUUGCUACCGAAGACCAGAGAGGUCGCUUCCUGAAAAAGAUCAUCACUGGUGAAUGGCGGACGUGUUUUGGGGUUACAGAGCCGAACACUGGUCUCGACACACUCAAGCUCAAGACCAGUGCCGUUCCAGAUGGUGAUGGAUACCGGGUAUCAGGAGCCAAAAUCUGGAUCACCAACGCCCAAGUUGCCCAGAAGAUGGUCCUACUCGCACGAACCACUCCUUUGGAAGAUGUGAAGAAGCCGAGCGAAGGCCUGAGCAUGUUCUACAUCGACCUGGACAAGAGCAAUCCCGGCCUCGAGGUCAAGAAGAUCACGAAGAUGGGCGGCCGAGCUGUCGAUGCGAAUCAAGUCUUCUUCGAUAAUUACUGGAUUCCCAAAGACUCACUGAUUGGUGAAGAAGGCAAGGGAUUCAAGAUCAUCCUUCACGGAAUGAACGCCGAGCGAUGCCUACUCGCAGGUGAAGCCCUUGGUCUAGGCUACGCAGCACUCAAGAAGUCGACCGAAUACGCCCGUGAAAGAGUAGUCUUCGGCAGACCAAUUGGUCAGAAUCAAGCAAUUCAGCAUCCUCUGGCAUCAGCAUACAUGCAACUCGAAGCCGCGAAGCUCGCAACAUACCAUGCAGCAAGGCUCUACGACCGCAGCUCGCCCAAUCACCUAGAGUAUGAUGACAGCAUAACGCAACAUCAAGUCGGUGUUGCAGCAAACAGUGCCAAGUACGUCGCCGCAGAAGCCGCAUUCACGGCAUGUGAAAGAAGUGUCAUGUCCAUGGGCGGCAUGGGCUACGCAGCGGAAUAUCAUGUGGAGAGAUAUUUGAGGGAAUGUUUCGUGCCACGUCUGGCACCCGUGAGCAGGGAAAUGAUUAUGAAUUUCAUCGGCGAAAAAGCCCUUGGACUGCCACGGAGCUAUUGA